AUGUCAAUGGGCCUGGCCAAGGUGUGCCAGUUUCCUGCUCUGUCCAUCAGCGUUGGGCUGCAGAAGGCAACCGUUGUAGUCGGUCACGCACCCGGCCCGGCAGUGCGAGUCGAUGAACCCAAUAAGGGAAACCUGGGCUUUAUUCAUGCCUUUGUGGCAGCCCUCUCAGUCAUCAUUGUCUCUGAACUGGGAGACAAGACAUUCUUCAUUGCAGCCAUCAUGGCUAUGCGCUACAAGCGCCUCACUGUUUUGGUGGGUGCCAUGUUGGCUUUGGGACUCAUGACGUGUCUGUCAGUCCUGUUUGGUUAUGCCACCACCAUUAUCCCACGGAUCUACACCUACUACAUAUCGACAGCGCUGUUUGCCAUAUUUGGUUUGAGGAUGCUGAGGGAGGGACUGAGGAUGAGUCCCGAUGAAGGGCAAGAGGAGCUGGAGGAGGUCCAGGCUGAGAUAAAGAAAAAGGAUGAGGAGCUUCAGCGCUAUAAGCUAGCCAAUGGAGCACCUGACGUGGAAGCCGGGACGGCGACCAUAUCACCUCAGAGGAAGUGGCACAGCGUGAUCUCACCUAUAUUCAUUCAGGCACUCACCCUCACCUUCCUCGCAGAGUGGGGCGACCGCUCUCAGCUUGCCACUAUUGUGCUGGCUGCAAGAGAGGAUCCAUUUGGAGUAGCAGUUGGAGGAACACUGGGACACUGUCUGUGCACAGGCCUGGCUGUUAUCGGCGGAAGGAUGGUGGCUCAGAAGAUCUCCGUUAGAACCGUUACAAUCAUUGGUGGAAUCGUUUUCCUUGCCUUUGCGUUCUCCGCCCUCUUUAUCAAGCCCGAUUCUGGAUUCUGAUGGAAGAAUUGACUCUUGGUUUCAUUUUGUAUAUAUACAACCCAGACCAAGUGGAACAGAGAGAGACUGCACAAAGACUGCAGAUGGCUUGUUUAUAUGUUUGAGUGAAUCUCUUUUGUGUAAGUAAAGUAUGACUGAAUGAAUGAAAGAAAAAUCAUUUACUGCUCAUGUCUUAAUGAGCAUUUCAUUUUUUUUUUUUUUUUUGCUUAAUCCCUCCUUGUUUUUGUCUUUCUUUACUUUCAAACGGACACUGUUCUAUUUUUAGAUGAUCGUUAUAUUUCUCCUGACUGUAUGCCGCCUAACAAUUUACUUUCCUGUAAAUUCCUGGCAUAUAGUAACAUUUUAAAAUAACAAAUCAUGAAUCUUGUUUCCUUAUUGUUUUACCCAUUUGAGCAGUGUGCUAUGGGUAAAUGCUGGCCUGGUUCCAUUCUGCUUAAUUCAAGUUCAAGCUUACUUGACUAUAACGGCUCUAAAACUAAAACCAGAUGAAGCACUGUCACUCUUCUCUACGACUGUCUACCCACUGCACAGCAGUAAAUCUAUUCACAUCUCAGGAGUAUUUAGUGGGCAAGAGCCUUAGCAAUAUAACACUCCCAGUUCCCUCAUCAAAUUGAAUGCUGAAUUAUAGAACCUGCCUGUUGUCUAAACUGCCUGUUCAUGGUUUGUCCUUUAUUCAUACCAUAUUACAAAGGCUUGAAAUGUAGUAUGAAAUAAUGUCAGAUCUGAUUGCAUCAUCACAUGUGGCCUUUAAACCCAGUCCCAGUAUUUAUUAGUCAUCAUUGUGUGCUCAUAAAUGCAUUUGUGCUUCUGCGUCACUGGUCAUAAAGUGUUAAGGACAGUCAUGCUUUCACAAGCUCCCCUGAAAGAAGCACACAGCAUACAUUUGCUCUCUCAUUGUCUAGGAAGACUAUAAUUUCUUAAGUCUGCCCUUUUCUUCUGAAUGGCUUUUAUUUAUUCUACUAUGGAGCAGAGAUACUGAUAUUUUGUCAUGGUUGAAGAAUUUGUUCUAUUGAGGAGAUUUGGUACUUGUGUGUGUGUGUUUUAUUAGUAUAUAUAUAACAUUUUCAGGGUGACUGUCAAUAUUUGACAGGGGUUAAACUUUGGAAGAUAUAGAAGAACUGGAAAAAUAUUAUUCCUGUAAAUAUUGAAUAAAAAGGUCAGUCUCAA